AAUAACCUCAUUUAGUUCUAGAAAAGCCGAGAUUAAAAAGUCUUGGUUGAACGUGGAGAUUGUAAACAGAAUUUGAAGAAACCACAAAUGAAAUGAAUUGAACCAUGAAGCCCGUGUUUAACGAUUCACUAGCCCUGCAAAAGUUAACAUCAAAUACUAAAGUUGUGCAGAAAUUUGAAGAAAGUGGUUCUUUCACAAAUGCAAAGCGAUCAGGUCCUAUGGCAAUGACAAGUUUGCGGAUUGACAGCGCUAUCGCGAGAACGAGGAAACAAGGUGGAUGUCUAUCAGCACUAAAAAUUUAAAAAAAAAAACGAAUUGAGAACGAAUUUCCACCCAUUCCACGCUCAAAUAGUUCGAAAUCGUCUUAACAAAGUUUAGAGUAUAAAGUAGCACUUAAAUAACCUUGACAAUCAGCGAAACACAUCAAGAAACGACUAACUUGGAUCUGAGGUUUCAUAUAAAGAUGCUGAAAAUUCGAAAAAUUACAUCCUACCCUCAAACAUGAUAGAGGUAGAGUCAUGGGUUGGAGCUUCAAUGCGCGUCGGAUCGGUAAUUGGCUCAAGGAAAACUUGCAGCUAGUGCACAAUAACUGAAGAUGGGCCUCAGAUACACAUUCCACCAAGAUGAAAAUCCAAAGCAUACAUCGAAGCUGGUAUCGAAAUGGUUUACUAAAAGGAAAAUGAACGGUUUGGAGUUGCUGGCGUAGUUCCCUGACUCAUCCAAUAGCACAUCUUUGGUUUAUUUAUAAAGUUAAGGCUUACGGAAAUAAAUCAGCAAGCAUUCAGCAGCGAGAGUAAGUAAUUGCAACUGAAUGGGAUAACACCGUAUCAGAAACAACUACUAAAAUUAUCAAAUCAAUCCCACGAAGAUGUCAAGCUGUGAUUGAAGCGAAGGGUGGUAGAACGAUAUAUUGAAUGAGUGCCAAAAACAAUAUCUAUUGCAUUAUGUUUUCCGUUUUUUUUUUUAUAUUCGAUUUCAGACAGUCUAGGCAACCGUAGUUCAUUCAGCAUAAAGAUGUUUUACUCAAAUGAGUCCAUCGUACAUUGAUCCGUGCUAUUAAUUCUUCCAUUAGUGCCUAUACAAUAACAUUGUCAUGAACCAUUUAUUUUCAUGCGAAUAUAUUUUUCAUUUUUCUAUUUUUUGUCUACCAUUACAUAACCAUUAACCGACUAAUCAUGCCUAUGAUUUUUUACACCCUGAUCACGAUAGAACGUGAACACUAUAAGUUUCCAGAAAAGGAAAAAAAACAUCACCUAGGUGCAAAGCAUGAUGCUACCCUCUUAUGGUUCACUCUUGCUUGAGUAGUUACUUUUCGCGCAUCGUUCUCGCGCGCGCUUUCCAGAUCUUCAGCUUCAAUACAAAAUCUGAAGAACACCCGGGGGCACCUUCCAGUGCCGCGUGGUGCUUCGUGCAGAACAGAACACGUUCACGGUUAAAGUUUUUCGAUAUGAUACUCCUACUUUUAACGGCUACCGUUUCGGUGCUAACGGCGACGCUCUACUGGUUACACCAGAGGAAGUAUCGAUUCGCGGAAAAAUGGCCCUCGCUCGAACCUUCGUAUCCCGUGCUGGGAAACGCCCUGAUGAUGAUCGGGAAAACGGAUGUGGAACGAUUUCAGGCGAUUAAGCGCGCCUUUCAAGUGUCGGAUAGAAUCACGCGAGCCUGGGCGGGACCCAAAAUGUUGUUGAUCACCAGCCAUCCGGAUCUGAUUCAGCAAAUCUUGACUAGUCAAGAUUGUUUGGAAAAACCUUUCCUCUACAAUUUUGCGGGAUUUAGCGAUGGGCUGUUUACCGCCAAGUAUCAUAUUUGGAAGGGUUCCCGUAAGCGGCUGAACCCGUCCUUCAAUCAGCGAGUUGUCAACGGUUUUCUACCGAUGUUUGUGGCAUGUGCCAAAAAGAUGGAGUGCAGUUUGAGCGAGCUUGAGGAUGGAGCGACGGUUAACAUGCAUAAAUUUACCGGGCUAUGCACGGUUGAGAUGGCCUGUGGUACCAGCCUUGGAAGGAAUAUUAUCACAAGGGAGGGAAAACGGGAGUUCAAGCAGGCGCUAGAUAUAGCUUCCGAACGGGCAUCGAGAAGAAUGAUAAGUGUUCACAUGUAUCCUGAUUUCGUGCAUAAGUUUACUAGGAAUUAUAAAGAGUGCACGGAGGCAAGAAAGGCUGUUGUGGAUUACUAUACAGAGUUAGUAAUGGAGCGAAAGGAGCUGCUGCUGAAACAGGGCAACAAUAAUCUUAGCGACAACGACGACGAUAAUCCCAAACCGAAGAUUUUAGUUGAUCAGCUGCUCACCACGACUAAUGAGGAUGGAAAACCCUACACUAACAAGCAAAUAACGGACAAUAUUUAUGCCGUAAUGACCGGGGCCACGGAUACCGCAGGUCUGCUGACUGCGUACUCCUGCCUAUGGAUGUCCUUUUACCCGGACAUCCAAGAUCGUUUGUACCAGGAAAUCAUGGAAGUCUUCCCAGAUGGCUCGACCGAUGCGGAUUUUACGCCAGGAAAAAUCAAGCAGCUAGAGUAUACGGAAAUGUUUUUGAACGAAGUACAGCGUCAUUGGACGGCCGUACCACAGAUCGCCCGGGAAAACAUAGCGGAAAUGGAAAUCGACGGUGUUAAGGUACCACCGGGGACCAUUUUCGUGAUGAGCCUAAUCGAGCUGCACAAGCGGAAGGACGUUUGGGGUCCGGAUGCGGACAAGUUUGAUCCGGAGAACUUUUCGUCGGACAAGGUCCGGUACCGACAUCAGUUUGGUUUUUUACCUUUCAGCGGAGGACACCGAAUUUGUAUUGGAUGGCGUUACGCUUAUUCAGCGAUGAAAAUUAUCAUGGUACAUUUGGUGCGGAACUUUAUAUUCAGCUCGAAAAUCAAACCGGAAGACAUAUGCUUCAAGCAUGAUUUGACUUUGAAGUUGCCGUUUGAUGUGCUGGUGCAGGUCAAUAAAAGGAAACCUAUGAAAUAGCAGAUUUCGUUUGAUUGAAAUCUCAUAACGUUGUUUGUGCGCUUUUGGGACUAUUUCAUCGUUGAAUCAUCAAUUAAACCUAAGAAUACAUAUCAGCAUCAGGUAUAUUAAAAUACGCAAGACUGUUAGUAUGACAGGUGAAUAGAAUGAAAGGAAUGGAUGACAAUGAUUAAUCAUUCUAAGUGGGAAAUAAAUUCUAUAGUUGAAAAA